ACCUCAGCUCAGUGGCCGCAGAUAAAGGCUGCCCUCGGUUUCUCAGGAACUUCUUAAGUUCUUUUGGCAGCCCUUGGCUUCUCCGGAAUCGCUGCUAAGCCAACACACAGCUGGAGCUCCUCUGGACACUCACAAGAAAACCCGAGAGCCCUUAAAAGCCCCAGCGCGCAGGGGAGCCAGGCCAAGGUCAGGGGUCAGCGGCGGCUUUAAAGGGCCUGCGGGGCGGGCGGCGCUCACUUGCUCGGUACCACCUGCUGCGGCGCAGCGCGGACCCGGGCUUCCUGCGAGCUCCCUCCGGCCCGCAGCGGGCGCCCCACGGCCCUGUGCAGAGCUGGGGUUGGUCUCUGGGGUUCUGAGGGGCCCCAGACCCCGGGAAGGUCGAAUAAAAGCAAGAAAUCUUCACCAACAAAAUGAAGAUCCUGCUACUUAUGUUAAUCCUUUGGGCUGAAACACUGGCAGAUCAGAGUCCAGAGCCAGGCCCUGAGUUUGCAGAUGUCGUGUUUCUGGUGGACAGCUCUGACCACCUGGGAACCAAGUCCUUCCCCUUUGUGAGAACGUUCAUCACCAAGAUGAUCACCAGUCUCCCCAUCGAGGCCCACAAGUACCGCGUGGCCCUGGCUCAGUACAGCGACCGGCUCCACAGUGAGUUCCAGCUGAGCACCUUCAAGAGCAGGAACCCCAUGCUGAACCACCUCAAGAAGAACUUCGCCUUCAUCGGCGGCUCCCUGCGGAUAGGAAAUGCUCUCCGGGAGGCCCACAGGACCUUCUUCUCCGAAGCGGCCGGCGGGAGGGACAAGAAGCAGUUUCCCCCGAUUCUGGUGGUCCUGGCUUCGGCGGCGUCCGAGGACGACGACGUGGAAGAGGCCUCCAAGGCCCUGCGGGAAGACGGGGUGAGAAUCAUCUCCGUGGGGCUGCAGGAAGCUUCUGAGGAGGAGCUGAAGGCCAUGGCCACGGCUCAGUUUCACUUCAACCUUCGGUCGGUCAGGGACCUGGGCGCAUUUUCCCAAAACAUGACGCAGAUCAUCAAGGAAGCGACCCAGUACAGGGACGGAGUGGCAGAUGCUGAUAUGAAAGUGACCUGUCGGAGAGAUUCAUUAGCUGACCUCAUGUUCCUGGUGGAUGAGUCAGUGGGCACCAGACAAAACUUAAGGAACCUGCAGAAUUUCCUGAGGAAUAUUACUGCCUCCAUGGAUGUGAGGUUCAGCUGCACGCGCCUCGGGCUUAUGAGUUACAGUGAUAGAGCAGAGACUAUUUCUUUUCUAAAAUCAAACACAACCCAGGAUGAAUUUCAGCAGCAAAUCCAGAAGCUUUCUCUCCGGACGGGGAGAGCCAAUGCUGGUGCUGCCAUUGAGAAGAUGAGACUAGAAGCCUUUUCAGAGUCUUCUGGCAGCAGAAGGGCAGAGGGGGUGCCUCAGAUCGCAGUCUUGGUCACUCACAGACCCUCAGAGGACGCGGUACGUGAUGCCGCACUGCGGCUUCGGAUGCAGGACGUGACUGUGUUUGCCGUGAACAUCCAAGGGGCGAACGACACCCAGUUAGAAGAAAUAGUGUCUUACCCUCCGAGACAGAUGGUUUCCGUGCUCAAGUCCUAUGCCGACUUGGAAACUUACAGUAAGAAAUUCCAGAAAAAGCUGCAGAAUGAAAUUUGGUCCCAAAUUUCUACUCGUGCUGAGCGAGUGGACCUUGACAAAACUGGCUGUGUGGAUACAAAAGAGGCUGAUAUCUAUUUCCUCAUCGAUGGCUCAACCAGCAUAAACAGAACGGGGUUUGAGCAGAUGAAGGAAUUUAUUUUGGCAGUGACAGAAAUGUUCAGCAUUGGCCCAGACAAAGUCCAAGUUGGAGCUGUACAGUAUUCAGAUAAGAUAAAAGUGGAGUUUCACAUCAAUGACAAUUCUAAUAAUGUGGAUUUAAGAAAGGCUGUUCUGAACAUCAAGCAACUCAACGGAAACACAGAUACUGGGAAAGCCCUGGAUUUCAUGCUGCAAAUAAUAAAAGAGGGAAAGAAGCGUAGGACAAGCAGUGUUCCCAAUUAUCUCAUUGUGCUGACUGAUGGGAAGUCCAGGGAUGAAGUCCUGAAGCCUGCCGAGAGAUUAAGGGCUGAACAAAUCACCAUUCAUGCGGUUGGCAUUGGGGAGGCUAACAAAGAAGAACUCCAACAAAUUGCUGGGGAGGAAGAAAGGGUUAACUUUGGGCAGAACUUUGAUUCUUUAAAGAGAAUAAAAAAUGAAGUUGUUCGCAGAAUCUGCACUGAAAAAGGAUGUGAAGACAUGAAGGCUGACAUCAUGUUUCUGGUGGACAGUUCUGGCAGUAUUGGAUAUGAAAAUUUUGGAAAAAUGAAAACCUUCAUGAAAAAUCUAUUAGCGAAGAUUAAAAUUGGUCCAGACAAAACUCAGAUUGGUGUCGUUCAGUUCAGUAAUUAUAAUCAGGAAGAAUUCCAGCUAAAUAAAUACUUUACACAAAAAGAAAUUGCUGAUGCAGUAGACAGAAUGUCUUACAUCAACAGUAACACUUUGACUGGAAGUGCACUAACCUUUGUAGCUCAAUACUUCACCCCCACCAAGGGGGCCCGUGUUGGGGUCAAGAAGUAUCUUAUCCUCAUCACGGAUGGAGAGGCACAGGAUUCUGUGAGAGAACCUGCUAAAGCACUACGGGACAGUGGUGUCAUCAUCUUCUCCGUGGGAGUAUAUGGCGCCAACAGGAUGGAGCUGGAGGAGAUCAGUGGGGAUGGCAAGCUGGUCUUCCAAGUUGAGAAGUUUGAUGAUCUAAAUGCAAUAGAAAACGAACUCAUUUUUCGUGUAUGUGCUCUCCACGAUUGUAAAAAUAUUAAGGUGUUAGACAUCGUGUUUGUGCUGGAUCAUUCAAGCAGCAUAGAUACAGAAGAGCAAGAAAGCAUGAUGAACCUAACUAUCCAUUUGGUGAAGAAAGCAGAUGUUGGCAUCGACCGCGUUCGGAUUGGAGCUCUCAGAUACUCAAAUGAUCCUGAGGUUCUUUUCCACCUUAGUAGAUACUCAAGUAGAUCUGCAAUCGUUGAGAAUCUGAGGACACGCAGGCACACCGGAGGGGAUACCUGGACUGCCAAGGCUCUCGAACACACAAACAUAAUGUUCACAAAAGAACAUGGCAGCCGCAUCGAGGAAAAUGUGAAGCAGAUGUUGAUUAUCAUCACCGAUGGGGAGUCCCAUGACCGAAAUCGGCUCAAUGACACAGCAUUGAAGUUAAGAAACAAAGGCAUCAACAUCUAUGCAGUGGGCGUAGGAGAGGCCAACCCACUUGAACUCGAGGCUAUCGCAGGGAAUAAAAGCAAUACUUUCUAUGUAGGAAAUUUCACCAAACUGGAAGAUCUUUACCUGCCUCUGCAAGAAAGAAUGUGUAUCAACGCACAUGAGCUCUGCAACAUUCAAGAAGCCGAUGUGGUUUUCUUUUUUGAUGGCUCUGACAUGGUAUCCAACUCAGACUUUGUUGCCCUGACAACUUUUCUGUCAGACAUCAUUGAUAAUUUUAACAUUGAAUCUCAGAGAAUAAAAAUUGGGUUGGCUCAAUUUGGCCGUGACUUCCAAAAAAUUAUUGAGUUGAAAAACUCUCUGACUACAGCCAAGUUGAAGACUCAAAUUCAAAAAAUCACCAAGAGCAAGGGGUUUCCACGAAUUGACCUGGCUCUUAGAAAAGUGAAAGUCAUGUUUGAUCCACCUUCUGGUGGUAGAAGAAACGCUGGUGUCCCUCAAAUUUUGGUAGUUAUCACAUCCGGAGAUCCCUACUAUGAUGUGUCAGAGGAAGUAAAAAUCCUGAAAAACCUUGGAAUUUGUGUCCUGGCUUAUGGCAUAGGAAAUGUUCAUAAGGAACAACUUCUGCCAAUAACAGGCAAUUCUGAAAAAGUAUUCACUUUCCAAGACUUUAGUAACUUAAGGGAUAUAGAGACGAAAAAAAGAAUGGUCCGUGAAAUCUGCCAGAGCUGCGGGAAAACCAAUUGCUUUAUGGACGUCGUGGUUGGGUUUGACAUUUCCACUCAUCUGCCGGGGGCGCAGUUGUUCGACGACCACCCCCAGCUGGAAUCAUACCUCCCAGGCAUCUUAGAGGACAUGACCUCCAUCAGGGGGGUAAGCUGUGGGGCAGGCGCAGAGGUGCAGGUGAACGUGGCCUUCAAGGUGAACAAUGAUGGAGAAUUCCCUACUGAGUUCCAAAUCUACCAGAAAGCAAUAUUUGACAGGCUGCUGCAGGUCACCGUUAAUGGGCCAACUCAUCUGAAUGCACAGUUCUUGAGGUCUCUGUGGAAUACGUUUAAGAAGGAAUCUACAUCCCAAGGACAGGUGCUGCUCAUCUUUUCAGAUGGUCUUGGGGGUGAAAGCAAGAUAAUGCUUGAAAAUCAAUCAGACAGGCUCAGAGAAGCAGGACUUGAUGCACUUCUGGUGGUCUCCCUAAACACGACUGCCCACGAUGAGUUUUCCAGCUUUGAAUUUGGGAAGGGAUUUGAUUACAGGACUCAUCUGACCAUUGGAACAAGAGAACUGGGCAAGAUGCUAUCACAGUACCUGGGAAACAUUGCAGAGAGGACUUGCUGCUGCACAUUUUGCAAGUGUUCAGGGAGUGCAGGUCUUCCUGGGAUGCCAGGACUGCAGGCCAUGAAGGGCUCUCCGGGUAUAAAAGGCAGCAGAGGACAUCGGGGAGAGGACGGGGACCCUGGAAGACGAGGAGAAAUUGGACCCACAGGAGAUAAAGGGAUUGCAGGAUGUCCAGGGGAGCAGGGCCAAAAGGGAGCCAAAGGAUAUUCUGGAUACAAGGGAGAAAAAGGAGAAGAUGGGUUUAACGGACUGGAUGGGGAGGAGGGCUUUCGUGGGUUACCUGGGACAAAAGGAGAAAAAGGCGAUCCAGGAUCCCAGGGCAGCCCAGGUUCCAGAGGCCCCCCUGGGAGAUAUGGGGAGAAGGGCUUCCCAGGAGAUCCUGGUAAUCCAGGACGCAACAGUAACAUCAAAGGACAGAAGGGCUCCAAAGGAGAACAAGGAAGACAAGGUAGAACUGGACAGAAAGGGACUCCAGGUGAUCCUAAUUCCACAGGAAGAAGGGGAAGGGAAGGCCAAAGGGGGCCCCCAGGUGUCCCGGGGGAGCCGGGAAAUCCUGGACUUCCAGGUGCCCAGGGAGCUGACGGAUUACAAGGCCCACAGGGGGGAAAUGGAAUUCCUGGCAGCAAAGGAGAGAAGGGAAGCCCAGGGCACAAAGGACCUCAGGGCUUUCCUGGGCCGAUGGGAGCUAAAGGGAGCCUUGGAAAUCCCGGACCCGCAGGGAAAAAAGGAGAACAUGGAAUUCUUGGAGAUCCAGGGCCAGUGGGGCCAGCUGGACAGCGAGGAAAACAGGGAGAUUAUGGCAUCCCAGGCUAUGGUCAAAUGGGACGAAAAGGAGUAAAGGGCCCAAGAGGAUUCCCCGGAGAUAUGGGGCAAAAGGGUGAUGUGGGUGAUCCUGGAUUUCCUGGGGGUCCUGGACGCAAAGGAUUUAAGGGAUUAACACUCACUAGAGGCUCGAAAGGGGAAGAGGGACCUCCGGGACCCCCAGGCCCUCCUGGACGGAGAGGCAUGAAAGGCAUGGCGGGGAAGCCUGUGUAUUCUCAAUGUGAUCUGAUCCAGUUCAUGCGGGACCAUAGCCCUUGUUGGAAUGCAAAAAAGUGUCCAGUGUACCCAACAGAGCUGGUAUUUGCCCUGGACCAGUCCUAUGGUAUCACAGAGCAGAGGUUUAAUGAAACAAGGAACAUCAUCACAUCCAUCAUCAAUGAUCUUGACGUCAAGGAAAGUAACUGCCCUGUGGGAGCAAGAGUUGUUGUAGUUUCCUAUGACUCGGGCACCAGCUAUCUCAUCCGUGGGUCCGACUACCAUAACAAGAAACAGCUCCUCCAGCUUCUUUCCCAGAUAAAAUAUCGACGCCCCACGGAAGCUCAAGACAUCGGUAAUGUAAUGAAGUUUGUGGCCCGCAACGUUUUCAAGCGGACGUAUGCGGGAGCCAACGUGAGGAAAGUUGCUGUGUUUUUCAGCAGCGUACAGACAGCCAGUCAGUCAUCCAUCCUCACAGCCACCAUGGAGUUCAAUGCCCUAGAUAUCAGUCCGGCUGUCUUUGCUCUCAAUGAAAGGGUUUUCGCUGAGGCUUUUGAGUUUGACGACACUGGAACCUUUCAGGUGAUCCCAAUUACUCCAAAUGGGGAGUCUGUCUCAAAACUUCGGCGCUGUACCAUUUGCUAUGAUAAAUGUUUUCCAAGUGAUUGCAUCAAAGAGGUUUUUUUACCUGAAAAUUCAUACAUGGAUGUAGCCUUCCUCUUAGACAGUUCUCGGACUAUAGCAAGUGAUGAGUUUAAGGCUGUGAAAACCUUGGUGAGCUCUAUGAUUGACAACUUCGAGGUUGCCUCAGAACCUAUAACCUCAGACUUCGGUGAUAGGAUUGCCUUGUUGGGCUAUUCUCCUUGGGAUAGUUCCAGGAGAAGGAAGGGUGUGGUAAAAACAGAGUUUGAGUUUAUAACUUAUGACAACCAAGUCCUAAUGAAGAGGCACAUCCAGACUUCCCUCCAACAGCUAAAAGGAGAAGCCACCAUUGGCCACACCCUACUAUGGGUCAUGGAGCAUCUCUUCACACAGACACCCAACUUGAGAAGACACAAGGUCAUCUUUGUGAUCUCAGCUGGAGAAUAUCGUGAGAGCAAGGAUUUCGUAAAGAAAGUGGCUCUGAGGGCCAAGUGUCAAGGCUACGUCAUGUUUGUGAUCUCCCUGGGCUCUGCGCAUAAGGACGGCAUAGAGGAGUUAGCCAGCCACCCACUUGAUCACCAUCUGAUACAGCUUGGGAGGAUUCAUAAACCAGACUUGAAUUAUAUUACGAAGUUUUUAAAGCCAUUUGUUCACUCUGUCAGACGGGGAUUCAACCUGUACCCACCACCAAUGCUUGAGAAUGCCUGUAGACUCAUCGGUUCAGAAGGAGAGGAUAAUCAAUAUAGCGAUUUCCUAUUUACUCCUGAGCCACAUGAGGUUUCUUCGGGAGAGAACAGCUUCCCUGGCCAGGAAUUAAGUGCUGGGAAAGACUCAUCCUUUGUGUUGGAGGACAGUGGAAGUGACCACUUGGUUUACAUCCCAAGCCACAUGCUGAUGCCACAAGAAUUAACGAUUAAAUAUGAAAAAGGUCAGGAUUCUGAAGAAAUUGCAAGUUUCACUUCUGGACAUGAAAACCAUGGCAGAAAAGAAGAACCAGGUCUUACUUAUGAACCUGGAGAUACCUCUCUUCAAGAAUAUUACAUGGAUGUGGCUUUCCUCAUAGAUUCUUCCCAAAGAAUAGGAAAUGAGGAGUUUCAGGAAGUGAAAACUUUUCUAAUCUCAGUGCUUGAUUACUUUCACAUUGCCCCAGACCCACUGACCUCCAUGUUAGGAGACAGAGUGGCAGUCCUGAGCUACUCUCCUCCAGGCUAUAUGCCCAACAGUGAAGAAUGCCCUGUCUACCUGGAAUUUGAUUUGGUUACUUAUAACAGUAUAUACCAAAUGAAACAUCAUCUCCAAGACUCUUUUCAACAGCUCAAUGGAGAUGUUUUUAUCGGCCAUGCCCUGCAGUGGACAAUUGACAAUGUCUUUGUAGGAACCCCCAACCUGAGGAAAAACAAAGUUAUCUUUGUUAUAUCUGCUGGAGAAACCAACCCCUUAGACAAGGAAGUCUUAAGAAAUGUAUCUCUGAGAGCCAAGUGUCAGGGCUACUCCAUAUUUGUGUUUUCCUUUGGCUCUGUAUACAACGACAAGGAAUUAGAAGAAUUAGCCAGCCACCCACUGGAUCAUCACUUAGUCCAGCUUGGCCGAACCCACAAGCCAGAUUUGAACUAUAUCACCAAGUUUGUCAAGCCAUUUGUUCAUUUAAUCAGACGUGCCAUCAACAAAUAUCCCCCUGCAGAUCUGAUAGCCAAGUGUGUUAACAUCACCUCUCCCAACCCAGAGACCGUUGGCUCAGGAAACACUGUAUUCCUUAUUCCUGGGGUGUAUGAAAUAGAGACAGGAAACAGUGAGCUGGUUGAUGAAUUUGGUUCCCAGGAGCAGCAUUCCUUUGUAUUAGGGAACAAUCCUAGUAAUGGUUCUGGGACCACUACUGAUUUGAUCCAGAAGUUAUACAUGCUUUUUUCAACUGGAGAACUGAUGAUGAAUGAUAAGGAAGAGGCACAUGCAGAAGAAAUGCCAGCUCUAGCAGAUGGUAAACGACAGGAUAAAAAAGAUGGUGAGGCCCCAAGAUGAUCAGAGCAGGAAAGGAAGACAGCUCCAUUGGCAAUGUGUGAUUCCACGUGGUGCUAACUAGAAACUGUAAAUCAUCUGCUGGAAGGAGAAUGGUGAGCGGCAGGAAUUUCUCAUGAAACCAAUCAGCUAAUGACGUGCUAAACUUGUUCUGUUUCGAAUCUGAGAGGGAGACUUUUCGGAGUGAAGACAUCAACAAGCAGAACUGAGAAACUAGGAAUGACUUCAUUUCCUCCAUGAAUGGGGACAACCGACCAGGAAGAGUUAACUGAAGUUUUUCUUUGACAGCUCUUGUACGGUUCGGGCAGCACUUCUGAUGCUCUAUCUGCCUAAAGACUUUCAUUUUCAUCACGUCUGCAUCUCAAGUCGGACUGCUGAGUAAAAAGCGGAGUUAGAAUUUACCAGGAGUGUCUUCUCUCUCUUCAUAGAACUAGAAACCCACGUCCAUGCUUCCGAUUUCGUGCCACCCUCAUGACCUGAGCGCCCUGUAAAACCUACCUGGCAGGCUGCUACCACCGUAGUCAAAGCCUGCUCUUUACCAGAACAUUUAGAAAAGAAUGGAAUUCGUGAGAAAGAAAAAGAAAAGAAUGGAACUCGUGAGAAAGAAAAAAAGUGAGAUGAGGCUAAUUUUGUGAGUGGUUGUUUUGUGCUGUGAUCAUUUGUUUUACAUUUUAGCAUGCUUUGCUUUGUAUGUACUUGAUUUUUGCUGGGAAAAACAAUUGGGAAACGCAUGAAUAUUCUAUAUGAUCGGAGCUGUUCUUGGGAAUUACAAUGGAGCAAGAGGCAAGUUCUAAAAUAAAAGCAAGUCUGAUCCGGAA